AUGUCUCACUUUCGCCAGGGUAUUCGCGAGCUGAUUCAAGAAGAGUUUGCCAUCUGCGGAGUCGAAGAAUACCUCUCAUCGUACUUGCCGUUCGACGUCAACGAUUCUGACGUUGACAACGUAGUGCAAUUGCUCUCUAAGACGGCAAGCAACUCCCCAAUCUCAACGAAUCCUGUCGCAGAAUUCAGCCAUGCUGAUUUACCAAUACUCGACACGCCGACGUCGCACGAACACCUCGCCUCGCUAGCUGAAGCAAUAGCCUCUUGCAUGCCCCAGGGCCGAUCUCGCAACGGAUUCACACUUUGCGUACGUCCUAAUAUCUCCCUUGGACCCCCAGCCUCGAACUUGAACAGCAAGAUCGACGGAUGCUUCACAUCAGAAGGUCCCCGUGUCAGCAGGCUGACGGUGUCCAGCGCCGCAUGCGUCUUGAUGUUCACGCUAGAUCCUACCAAGGAAGUUGAAAAUAAUAUCGAAGGAGUUGCCGCAAGUAUUCAAAUCAUGAACGACGAUGCUCGCCGGAUGUUCACAUAUGGGAUUACGAUUGUCGAAGAUCGUGUUACCCUAUGGUAUCAUUCUCGGUCGCACUCGAUGAUUUCAGAGCCCUUCAGUUUUGUAAAAAACCCACGACUCCUGAUCAAAGUGUUCAUGUCCUUCUUGUUCGCCACGGAGGAAGAGCUGGGUUAUGACCCGAUGGUCACGCGAGACGCGAAAGGGGACUAUAUAUACAGAAUCCCCUCUACCGAACAGGGACAACAAUGCGACCGUUUCUUCCGCACUACUGCUUCCAUCGCCGAGUAUCGUUCGAACAAUAUCACUGGUCGUAUGGCUCGGGUGUGGAAGGUGGUUGAAUGCAACUGUAGUGGCAAUGUCCUGUCCCCCGGAGAGCCUUCCCGUGUAUUGAAGGAUGUCUGGCUGGAGGAUUCGGCACUUACUGAGGCUCAAAUUCAGUCGCAGAUCUUCGAGGAUAUCAAGAAGUUCUUCCGUGACAAGCAAGACGCACGAUAUCUUGCCUUCGAGAGGUUGCGGCCUUCAAUCAGUGACCUGGAACGGAAUGACAGAUACAAGAAAUAUUUCAUCGAAAUCGUGGUGGAUUAUGAAGGCAAACGGACUAAACCACGCUCUCCCAAUUCACAAGGAAAGCGCAGGCUGUUUUCCACCGUUGAACCGUUAGCGCUCCCGACGACAUCAUAUCGGGGUGGUAGCGGGACUCCCCGCCCGCCCGAAAGCAAGGACGCUUUGGAUGAAACUCCUCGCGAGUUUACGCCGAGGAAACAAUAUCGGGUUGUCUUUGGGGAGGUAUGCGAGGCUGUGGGUGACCUUAGGACCGUAGGCGAGGUUACGGACGUCCUCAGUCAGGCAGUCGUUGCGCUUCGCCUUAUGUAUUGUGCUGGAUGGGUGCAUCGAGAUGUUAGUUCUGGCAACAUUCUGGCUCAUCCCAGCGGCGGCGCGUGGCAAGCUAAGUUGUCUGACCUGGAGUACUCCAGGCGGUUCUCCUUUGAUCUGGAGCAUGAUGUAGGCAGAGACCCGAAGACGGGUACUCCGUACUUCAUGCCUCACGAAAUUCUCGCGUCUCGCUACCUCGAAUUCGAUACAUCAACCCUGCCGGAUACGACGUUUGACCUCGACACUUUCACAAAGACCGAGGGCCCUGCCGCACCCCAAAUGCCACUCGUAUACAACUUCCAACAUGACCUGGAAUCCAUCUGUGUUUGGCCAAGACAUCUUCAAGAACACUAUGCAACUUUCAACCCAGAGAUCGCAGUGCUUCCAAUACCCGAUCACGACAUCCCUCCGAACCUGCUUGCUUUCACCACUAGAGCGGCUGGCAGCGCCGUUAGAGAGAUUGAGGAGGGCCAUGCAAUCGGCCUGUCUCGAGCAAAUUGGGGUGGUACUGCAUUGGUGACCAGCCAUAAGCCUGUUGCCAGUUUGGUACCGCCAACCUCCACAAUGUCGUAG